GAUUAUUCCGACUGAAUGACUGACGGACGAACGACCGAGCCACCGAAGAAGGCUCCCCCAAAAAGCUCAGAGGGUUGACGCAGUACACAUUCUAGAGCAUAAUUUAGUUAGCAUACAACUGUCGAUGCAAUGAAUUUUUGCUUCAAUUCGGUUCCCGAUUGCAACGAAAUUUGCCUCAAAAUAUUAUACAGACGAAGAUAUCGAGACCCUGAGCCUGAGGGACUGUAGACUGUAGAGUGUGGAGGAUUCGGUGAGCUUCGGAGUGUCCUGGUCGUCGCGCGUGGUUGACCGCGUCAAUCGAUUGGCUGUCCCUUAUGGCCUCCCCGAAAAUAUCAAGAGACUCAAUGGAGCUCAGAAGAGUGCGAACCGUUUGUAUGGGAUGAGCGAAAAAAAAAAAUGAAUGAAACACCGCAAACAAAGAGGUCUAGAGCAUGACGGUUAUAUCGCCUAGUAGUGGGAAAAGUUUUCCUCAUAGUAUAUACAGGGGUUAGAAGUUGGGUCAAAACAUUGUCUGGAAACGUCUACAAGUGGAGAGCGUCGGGAGGCUUGUGGUGUGACAGAGUGUGACUCACGUACCAAACAGAGAAUAUAUUUAAAGUAGUGUGACAAAAAGUUACAGGGACGGUGCGUUAUGUUUUGAGCCAAUUACAUCGUCAAGAUUGAUUCGGGUCUGCACCACAUGCUUGGCAAUCCAGUUUCCCUUAGGAAAACGGCUUUUAACCGGAGAAAGUACCAACAGCAGUUGGAGCAGCAGCAGCAGAAUAAACUGUGAUAGCGUCGGGGCACUACUAGUGUAGUAACAGAAACAACGAGACUAACGACCUACUGCUGCAUUUAAACAGUAGCGCUCCUUUAAACGAAACCCAGUGUGUAACGACAGACCACAUGUGCGUGUUUGUACGGAAAAGGACCAUCAGUGGAGAGUGUGAGUGAAUUCCCGAUCAGAAUCAUGUAUCAAGAUUAUAACACGAUUGCGAUUUAAAAUAACAGCAACUGAUACAAUGUUGUUAUUAUUUGACAUAGUUUUUCGCUAACAUAUUUUGCAAUAAUUUUGGCAUUUUCGAACAUCCUUGGAAUACAUUAAGCGGUAUGAAUAAAAUGCAUUCGAGAUUUUGACGGGAUUUUUGCCAUUUGUUGUGAGUCUUCGCAAUUUCGAUGGCGAUCUUGUUAUUCUCGUUAUUCGUAUAUUUUUUACUACCUCAAGGGGUCUUCAAGGUUUCGUUGGGAAUCUUUGGAAUAUCCGAGAGAAUAUGUAUAGUUUCAGUUGGAAUCCUGGGGAUUCACACAAACUCAAGGUCCCCAUUGUAGUAUCAGAAUAUUCAUAUAAAUUUAGGAAAUACAAGAAAUAUAUCUGUAUCUUAAAAAUAUUUCUGAUUUCUUAAAGAUUCCAAUUGGAACCUUCAGGAUUUAUACAAGAAUUCUAAGGAAUCGUUCCAAAAUCCAACUAUAAUUAAACACAUAUUUUUGAAUUCACCUCGAACUCCAUAUCUAUCAUAGGAAAUCAACAUGCUGUUAUCAAAUUCAGUAGGAAUCUUGGAAAUUUCUUCCUUAAUUUUCUGUAAUAAUUUUGUGAUAAUAUUUUUACUAUUAAUAAUAUAUAUUUAGAACAACUGGUGAUAUAAAAAAACAUCACUGAAACGCAUUCUGUUAUAAUCUUGAUUCCUCCGACUGGUCGGGAACGUAUACGAGUCCAGUGUAUGUAGGUUGUGUUUAUCAUACAGAAACCAUCCCCAAGGCUAACGAAAGGGGCCGAGGAAUGUUGUGCAUUGUCGUCAGUCGGUAAGGAAAAGCUAAUUGCUGUUUCCCCAUCAAGGAUUCUACCCCCCAUAUAGUAGUAUCCAUAGUGCGGUACGGUGACAGCGUUUUGAAGGAAAUCGAUUGUUUUCCUGGUUCAUUAUGCUGAUUGUCUGACAAGAUUGAUCAGAGGAGAAAGAUACGAAUCAUAUUGUGGCGGUUGGCAAAUAGCACGCCAGAGGUGUUCAUACGCAGUUGGGUAUAUGGAGAAUGAAAACAUACGACGGGCGCUUAGUGUUAUCGAGGGAGAUUGGUGAAGGUCGGGUGUGGUUGAUGUGAUAUAAUUAAGGAUAAGUUCUUCGGAAGAUUAAAUGCUCAUUGGAGGAAACGAGAUCCUGCUGGAUUCAAUUGUGAAAUAUAUGAAGGUUUUCCAGAAUCGAUAUCUGCAAGUGGAGAUAAAGAAAAAUUAAGACGUCCGACAGCUGUUGUUCGAGAGAUGAUACGGAGGCUUCCUUCGACGGAACCAAACCAGACAGAAAGAAAAUGGACAUCGUAUUCGAAACAAUCCAAUAGAAAAAGCAAGCCACAACAAAAUCUACCAAAACCAACACAAGCUAUGCACAAUCCCACAACGAGUAUGGUCGUCUUGCUGCAUUCGUCGAUUCCAUUAACAGCAUAAUCCAGCGGGCUGAAACGGUAACAAAUGGUCCAUUACCAAAUCAAAUACAACCCCCAUUCAGUGUGCGUAACGUGAGCCAAAUGAAAGAGCUAAACUUAAUCAGUUCCAAAAACUGUCGUUCGGAGAAAAAGUCUUCCUGCUGCCAAAGGUGGAGCAAACGAAGGCGACGACGGCGGAAGUGCUUCACAUUGGCAAUUUAUUCGACCGUUCCGUUUCGUUUCUUCUAUCUGUUUCUGUUGCUACGAAUGGGAGUGGACGGUGCCAAAAGUUUCAAUCGAACCAUGGAAAAACUGCCGCAGUCUUUUGCCAUGGAGCCUCAGGAUCAAACGGCCGUCGUUGGGUCGCGCGUUACCCUACCUUGCCGGGUGGUAAACAAAUCAGGACAGCUACAGUGGACGAAGGAUGACUUUGGAUUGGGAACUCACCGGAAUCUGAGUGGAUUCGAGCGUUACUCGAUGGUGGGCAGCGACGAGGAAGGAGAUUUUUCCUUGGACAUUUUUCCGGUUAUGCUUGACGACGACGCCAAGUACCAAUGUCAGGUUGGACCGGGGAAAUUUGGAACUCCUGGGAUUAGAUCGCGCUUUGCAACUCUGAUGGUGCUGGUUCCACCUGAGCCACCGAAAAUAGUACAAGGCGAUUUUAUGGUUACGACUGAGGAUCGAGAGAUUGAGCUAGAAUGCGUUUCGAUUGGAGGAAGGCCAGCAGCAGAGAUCACGUGGAUCGAUGGCCUGGGGAACGUGCUGGUGAAAGGAAUCGAGUACAUGAAGGAGGCGUUACCGGACGCACGUCGUUUUACGGCCAAAUCAAUUUUGAAACUGACGCCCAAAAAGGAACACCAUAACACCAUCUUCACCUGUCAGGCACAAAAUACCGCUGACCGUACGUAUCGUUCAGCUAGGCUAAAGCUAGAAGUUAAAUAUGCACCGAAAGUGAGCGUCAAGAUAAUUAGCGGCGACAGGAUUGUGGAAGGCACAGACGUUCGGUUUCGCUGUCAUGCAGAUGCCAACCCACCGGAGGUAUCCUACAAGUGGUACAUAGGACACGAGAUGGUGAACGGAAACUUCUCCACGGAAUUGGUAAGAGUAAUACUGAUGUUAUAUCGAACAUUUCCAAAAAAGUUUCACAAUGCUAUUGUCGAGUGUGAGGCACGGAAGUUGGGGAAAAGUGAAGAAAGCGAAACACUCAAUGUGCACUACAGGCCUACCUUUCGCACCUUGCCGAAAUCCGUCGAGGCUGACCUAAAUAUGGUGGUGACUUUGUCCUGCGAUAUUGAUAGUAAUCCCGUGGCGGAUAUUGUUUGGAUUCACGAUGAAACCGGUCGUGCUGUAUCCUCGCUAGCCAACCUUACCAUUACGGUGACCCAUGAAACGGCCGGUCGGUAUCUGUGCAAAGCUUCUGUUCUUGGUUUCCCAGAGAUAGAAACGGAAGCGACCGUCUAUCUCAAGGGACCACCCAGUAUCAUCUCACCUCGGCAGCAGUUUGGAACGAUUACCGACACCGGUCAACUGGAGUGUGAAGCGUUUUCCAUUCCACAGGCGAAACAUAUCAUCUGGCUUGCACAAUGGUCAAAAAUUAACACUAGCCACGAAACAGGCUACAGCAUCGUAGAGAGUGUGCUGCCGGAAGGUGUCAAGUCAACGUUAAUCAUCUACAACAGCCAGCAGGAGCACUUUGGUGGCUACAAUUGCACCGUCAUAAAUGAUUACGGGAUCGACUUUGUGGAAAUUGAUUUCGUUUCGAAAGAAAAUAUUUUAUUACCAGUCAUCAUUUUCGGCUCCCUCGGUGGACUGACACUUUUAAUCAUCAUCAUCAUAGCGGCUAUGUGCUUCUGGGGUAGAAAGAACAAAAAAGAGCUUCCACCGGCGGAUGUGAUACCGAAGCAGCACAUCUCGGACAAGGACGGUAAGGAGUUGGACCGGCGAACGUCGAACGUUAGUGACCUGAAAAUAGAUCGUGAUAAUGAAUUUAUGGAAACCAGCCUCGGACCAGACGGAAUGACCACUCAGGUGAAUCUGGUACUCGGGACGAGCUCGGCAAUUGCCAAUCACACCAAAAGUCGAACGACAACCGGACAUACUGAGGGUUUCUCCGACAGCUUGUGCCAACUUCCUGGUGCAGAAGCUGGGAAGCCCAGCAAUGGAUACGUACCUUACGUGGAUUACACCCGUGACUACAGCCCACCGGCAACACAUCUGAUACAAUUUCGAACGAGCACGAGUAGCACUAAUAUCAGUAAUAGCCUAAGUAAUCAAAUCCAUGCCACUGGUAACAGCAGUGGCCCGAUGACGUUGGGUCGACAACGAAAACCCGAACUGAGACAGGAAGCGGGAUUGCCCAGCAUCCAGGGUAGUCUCACCUCGUUGCCAAAUGGAAUAAUCAAACAACCAAUUCUACAAGGACAUCUUACGAUGGAUCACCGAGCGAGUGGAUCUUAUGGGAAUCCGUUUACACGCGGAACGACAUACAGUUCAUCGAACAUUCCACCAGCAACUGCCAACCCUGCGGCCACUCCUGCGCCCCCUCCUUACAAUUUAGCCGCACGUUCGACCUUCGGUUUCAGUAGUUCCGGAGCAGGGACAGUGACCGCGUAUGGUCCAGUAUCCAGUCCUGGGACAGCCGGAGCAAGCUCUACCAGUCCAAGUUCGGUACAAUCAUGUUCAUUAUCCCUAUCUCACAGUUCGCAACAAUCUCAACAGCAGCAACCGCUACCCAACAGCAGUAGUAUUGGCAGUAACCAGCAGCAACCUGGCAGCCCAUCAGCCGGUCAAUUUAUUCUGCCCAGCACUGGAACCAUCAAACAACAAGGUGCCACCGCAACGCAUGUGUAAAUGCUUCUAUGUGGUAAACAAGUGGGAAACAUGCAAUGUUGCAAUUCUCGCCCACAGUAAAUUAUUAAUGUUAACUGGCCCGUCAAUCCAUUCACCCUACUAAAACAAUCAAUUCUUCACAUUAUUAAAACUGUGGUUCAGGGGAUUCAGCAUGAGGGUGUCCCAAUAUUGCACUUUGUCGAAAAACAUGGGGGCUUCCAAAUUGUAGAUGAAGAAAUUGCAACCAAACUUUUAUAUGGAGAUAACUCUAAGAGAUUCCGUUAAGAGGAUGCCCUGUUGAGAUUUACGAAAACAAGUUUGAAUUUCGUCAUAGCCUUGACAAAAAAUCUAGUAUCGCAUAGAUUUGUCGUAUGUAAGAUUGUUUAACAGAUUUUUUUGUGAAAAUCAUACUUCAAAUGGUUUUUACAGAUAGUUUGGAGUUAAAAUAAAAAUAAUGAGAAUCACGUCCAAAAACAUUUUUUUAUUUAUAACAAUUCAGACCUUUUUCACAAAUAUCAACGGGACAAUCUCUAUAUAUCAUAUCUCAUAAUUCCUUUCAUACAAAAGUUCAUUCGUGACAGUCCUAUCUACUAUUUGGAUGCUAAACCCUAUUUUUUUCUUAGUACAAUUUUGGGACGCCCUGUCCAGCGUAUUAAGUGUUACAAAAUUUGAAGCGCUAGAACCUACCAUUUGCUGAGUCCCUGUACCUCGUCACACUUCAUGUAGCUAUCAAAUAGAAUAUAAUUCUCAAUUGUUGAGUAACAAAUUCCAAGCUCACAUCACGAAUGGCAUAUCACGAAAUCUCUUCAACGAAGAUUCGUAAAAUUGCGUGGCCUUAUUAAAUGGUAGAACAUUUUCCACAGCAAACCAAAACCAAACACGACAAAAAAUUCCAUUGCAAUCAACGGCACCAAUCGGAGAAAGAAUAUCAAUUUGCCCCCGUUUUAAACCGAACACGAAGUGUGGGCGAACUUUUGCAAAAUUAAGUUAACCAAAUUGAAAUUAAAUCUUGAAAACAAUUUAAUUAGAGCGCACUCAUGCCGUCGUGUACUACAUCGAAGAGCCGGAAAAAAGCCACUGUUCAGGGAUCACUUGAAUGCGAAAGAUCGACAAA